UAUUAGCAAUAGUUAUACAACAGCAGCAGCGGCUUUCUGCAGCAUCUUCGUUUCCGUUAAUUUUCUUCUUUACGUGUCUUUUCUGUCUCGAAUGCGAUUCACAUAUCAAUGCGUAUUCGGCAAAAUAUAUAUUUUUAAAUCCAAAUCUUCUUUGAUUCCUCCACAUCGCUACCGCAAUUUGCUUUUCUUUGAUUUCGUUUCUUACGCGUCGAAGCGCCUGCUGCUAAAUUAAUUGGAUUUCGGGGAGGAAAGUGCUGUUUCUUGAUCAGGCGUUUUAUAAGUUGUUCAUCAAUGGAUGAGAGAACUUCCUAUGAUCUCGAUCCGGUCGUAAACAACAUAAAGAAAAUGCUUUCUAGGUUAGAUGUUUUCCACCUUGGUUAUGGUCUGGCUGGUUUGGUGAUGGCAGUAUUGAUCACAAAGCAAGAACAACAUCGUCGUUGCACAAACAAUGAUAUGCCAUUGAGGCCAAGAAGCCUGAGACAUGCGCCUGCAAGGAAGAGGAAGUUAAUCAUUGAUAUAGAGGAUGAGGAAGAAUGUGAUGGAAACAUAGAAUUAUUGCCUGCAGAGCCUGGGGAUUUGUCAAAUCAGAGGACAAUAGGGAGCAGCCAUAUCUCAUACUCUGUGAUAUCAACAACCACACAUCAGAUGUUUCCAAUCAUAAAAGUUCCAAAGGCAAAGAGAAGUUUCUCUAGAAGGAAAGGAAUGGGAACUCAGAGAGUUGCAGAUGCAGAAGUAGGGAGCUCAUCCGUAGACAAACUUGUCCCUUCAAAGAAGACAUGCCGACCUCAUUCUUUUGGUGAACUGAAUUAUUAUAGCCUAGAUGAGGAAGAUGAAGGUCGUUUUAGAUCCCUCAGAAAGUUAUCAAAAAAAGAACAUACACUAAAACACAUAAUGGCUACUACUGAAACAAAAGGUUUCCUUGAGAAAGAAUACUCAGGAAAAGUUUGCAAGGUGUCAAAUGAGAAAAAGAUCUGCAGGAAUAAACUUAAGAGGAAAAAAGUUGAAAGUGAUAGUGAACAAGAGUGGGAGGAGCACAAGAAGAAAAAAGGGGUAUCAGUGGUUCUAUCUGGUAACCAGGAAACACAAACAGCAAAUAUUAUUAACCAGCGAACAUUGAGAAGGCGUUGUGUUUCUUCAAACAAGUAUUUAGAAGAUUUUAUUGUAUGCGACUGGUUGGAUGAUGAAGAAGCAGAUGUGGCUUCAAUUAUAGAUACAGGGAUGGGAGGAAGUGAUUAUGUUGAUGUUUCUAGAAUCCAAAGUAGUGAUGAUAGCACAAAGGCUGAAAUAAGUUUGUGUGCGAAAAGGAAAUGCGGUGAUUCUGCCAAACCUUGUUUAUCUAACUUAUCAUCCUCCUCUUCCUCCUCCUCGGCUAGUUUGUCAAUUUUGAAAACUGAUAUAGAAAAAGUGAAAAGGUCAUCAGUUGAACAUACGAAGGUAAAUAGAAAGAAGUCCAUUAGGUGUCAUCAGUGUGGCAGAGAAGAUCGACGGAUUGUUGUUCCAUGCACCAAGUGUAAAGGAAUCUUUUAUUGUGUCCAGUGUAUCAAACAAUGGUAUCCAACAUUAUCUGAAAAGGAAGUCUCGGAGGCUUGUCCAUACUGCCGAAGGAUCUGCAACUGCAACUUGUGCUUGCAUUCACCUUCCAUGUUGAAGACAUCAAAAAGAGAUUUGAACAAUGAUGAAAAGAUUCGGCAUCUGCACUAUCUAAUCACUGAAAUUUAUCCGUACCUCGAACAUAUUCAUCAAGAACAAAUUAAAGAUAUCGAGGUAGAGUCGACAAUUAAAGGGAUACCAUCUUCUUCAGUUGAAGUAAAACGUGCAGUUUUCUAUAAUGAUGAGCGUAUAUAUUGCAACCACUGUUCAACUUCAAUUGUUGACCUUCACCGGAGCUGCCCAAAUUGCUCGUACGAGCUGUGUCUUAGGUGUUUUCAGGAGAUCCGUGCUGGUCAGGUACCGGGAAAUUUCAGCAAAGCAAUCAUUCAGUACGUGAAUAGAGGCUCCAGUUACAUGCAUGGUGACGGAGAAUUAACAGAAUCUUUUCAUGGAGAUACUUUGGGUACAGAAUGUGGAAUGCCUGUUGAGUGGACUAACAUCAAAGGUGGGGCCAUUGUUUGUCCCCCCAAAGAGAUGGGUGGGUGUGGUGGUUCCAAGUUACAACUCAAGUGUCUCCUUCCAGAACAAUGGAUAUCAACUUUGAAAAGAAGAGCUGAAAAGGUCAUGAGUGAAUGUGAGAAAACUGUUUUUCAGCCCACAUUCUUCCAAGGUGAGCCUGAAAGCUCAUGCAAGGCAGCUUCUAGAGAAGGCUCUAAAGAUAACUGCUUGUAUUGUCCCGAUUCAAGGGAUAUUUUGAAUGAGGAAGGGAUUCUUCACUUCCGCAGGCACUGGGCCAAGGGCGAACCAGUGAUAGUCAGAAAUGUACUUGACCACACGAGUGGGUUAAGUUGGGAGCCUAUGGUCAUGUGGCGUGCAUUGUCUGAGCACACAGAUGACACCAUCGAUUCAAAAAUAUCUGAAGUGAGGGCUAUUGAUUGUCUAGCUGGUUGUGAGGUGGAGAUCAAUACUCGCAAAUUCUUCAAAGGUUACACGGAAGGGAGACGAUAUGCAAACUUCUGGCCGGAGAUGCUUAAGCUCAAGGACUGGCCACCAUCCGACAAAUUUGAGGAUUUAUUACCACGCCAUUGCGAUGAGUUCAUUCAAGCCUUGCCGUUCCAGGAAUACACUGAUCCAACGGCUGGAGUUCUUAACCUUGCUGCAAAGUUGCCUGCAAGUGUCUUGAAACCUGAUAUGGGUCCAAAGACGUAUAUUGCAUAUGGGACUGUAGAGGAACUUGGAAGAGGGGAUUCUGUGACUAAGCUCCACUGUGAUAUGUCAGAUGCGGUGAAUAUUUUGACACACACAGCAGAUGUGGCUAUAAGUGAGGAUCAGUACGAAGCAAUUGAAUUGUUGAAAGAAAAGCAUAGAGCGCAGGAUGAAGAAGAAUGCAGGGCCAGAAGAAAAAACAUAACUGCAUGCACCUCCGACAGCGACAAAGUUACUCACCUUUCAUCUAACCUUCAUCAAUCAGAAUGCCCUUCUUCAGACAACAGAGGUGGCGCUCUGUGGGAUAUUUUCAGGAGGGAAGAUGUUCCCAAGUUGAAAGAGUAUCUAGCUAAGCAUUCGAGUGAAUUUAGACACACUUAUUGCUGUCCAGUUGAUCAGGUCAUUCAUCCAAUUCACGACCAAACCUUCUAUUUGACUUCAGCACACAAAGUCAAACUGAAGGAAGAGUUCGGCAUAGAACCUUGGACGUUUGAACAGAAGAUUGGUGAAGCUGUUUUCAUUCCUGCAGGAUGCCCACACCAAGUCAGGAAUCUAAAGUCGUGCACCAAGGUCGCUGCUGACUUUGUUUCUCCAGAAAAUUUGCAUGAGUGCCUUAAACUGACUGAGGAAUUCAGGAAGCUUCCAAGGGAUCACAGAGCCAAAGAAGACAAAUUAGAAGUGAAGAAGAUGAUCCUUCAUGCAGUAAACAAUGCUAUUGAUGAGCUUCAGAAACUGAUAGAUGCACAAGAUAGGCACAACAGCAAUGAGAGCUUCGUGUAAUGGCAGGCUUGAAAUAUUGUUACUGAAACAUUUUUUGGUUCUCGUGCAAAUAAACAAAUGGAAAUUUCCGUUGCCAUA